AACAGACACAAACACAAACACACAGUGCCUUUGAGCUAUACAAGAGGAGACACCCCCAAACCAAAAUGGCGUCUUUGGCUCAGCAAUUCACAGGCUUGAGAUGCUCCCCUCUCUCCACUUCUCGGCUCUCCAAGCCCUUCUCUCCCACCCAAACCAAGACCACUCUCCUCCCCAUUGUCUCUGCUUCCGUCAUCUCCAACGCUCAGACCAAAGAGCGCCUCAAGCUCAAGGAAAUCUUUGAAGAGGCCCAGGAACGGUGCCGUACUGCCCCCAUGGAAGGCGUCUCCUUCAACCUCGACUCUUUCUACUCCGCUCUUGAAAAGUACGACUUCAACUCCGAGAUUGGCACCAAGGUGAAGGGUGUGAUUUUCCAUACAGAUAACAAGGGGGCAUUAGUCGACAUUACUGCAAAGUCUUCGGCACAUUUGAAAGUGGAAGAUGCAUGUAUGCACAAGAUAAAGCAUGUUGAAGAAGUGGGGUUAGUUCCCGGUGUGAAAGAGGAGUUUGUCAUUAUCGGUGAAAAUGAGGACGAUGACAGCUUGAUCUUGAGCUUGAAGACUAUACAGUUUGAGCUUGCAUGGGAGAGGUGUAGGCAGCUCCAAGCUGAGGAUGUUGUUGUCAAGGGUAGGGUUGUUGGUGCAAACAAAGGUGGAGUGGUGGCUGUGGUGGAAGGCCUUCGAGGUUUUGUUCCUUUCUCGCAGUUAUCAACAAAAUCAACUGCGGAAGAGCUUAUUGAGAAGGAUAUCCCUCUGAAGUUUGUGGAGGUUGAUGAGGAACAGUCUAGGCUUGUUCUCAGUAACCGCAAGGCCAUGGCAGACAAUCAAGCACAACUUGGAAUUGGAUCAGUUGUCCUUGGAACUGUCCAGAGUCUGAAGCCAUAUGGUGCAUUUAUUGACAUUGGUGGAAUCAACGGUCUUCUUCACGUUAGUCAGAUCAGUCAUGACCGAGUCUCUGAUAUUGCAACAGUUCUCCAACCUGGUGACACUCUCAAGGUCAUGAUAUUGAGCCAUGACCGUGAGAGAGGCCGUGUAAGUCUAUCUACUAAGAAGUUAGAACCAACUCCUGGUGACAUGAUUCGCAAUCCUACACUCGUUUUUGAGAAGGCUGAGGAGAUGGCUCAGACAUUCAGGCAGAGAAUUGCUCAAGCAGAGGCUAUGGCUCGUGCAGAUAUGCUUCGUUUCCAACCAGAGAGCGGAUUAACUCUCAGCUCUGAUGGGAUCCUAGGCCCAGUUACUUCAGACCUACCAAUAGAGGGUUUAGACUUGAGUGAUGUGCCUUCAGCUGUGACCGAGUGAGAUAAUAAAGUUCUUCAGCGUCUGGGAUUGUUGUGCUUACAUUUUCUUGUAGAAAUUGUUGUAAAAGCCCCUACCUCGAAAGAAAGAUGACAAUUCAAAUUCGCAUUGCUGUGAUCAAAUUGUUCAUACUUAUGCUUCACUUCAAGUAAAUGUAGCUUUUAUCGACUAUACCGCG